AUGAUUACAAAAUUAAAACAAUUGAUAAAUGAUAAUUCUGUGGCAUAAGCUAACAAUCCUGUUUUGGCAGCACUGAGAGAUUUAAAAUUAAAUACCAAUGAUACUUAAUUUACAUAAUAAGCAGAGAUAAGUAAAAGAUUAAAGCAUUUUUUUGCAAAUGAUCAAUCAAAAGUAAAUUAAUAAAUGACCAUUUCUUAGUCUUAGUUCUUAAAAUAGUUAUUAGUGGUUGUAGGAGAUUACUUACAAUAAGAGAAAAACUUCUUCAUAAAAUUAAAAAUGCUUUUGUUAGUACACAUUAUCAUCAGUUCUUAAGUGGCAAGAGCUGAAUUCUCAAAAAUGAUCAUCAAUACACGUUUAAUAAUAAAUAUCAAGAGUAAAGAUGAUUUAGAGAAUGUGCAUGGAUAAUUAUGUUAAUCAUACUAUUGUUAUAUAUAUAAAUUAGCUGCUUAAACUACAUUAAUAAAUGAAGAAUUCAAUAAGCCAUAAGAUGAUUUGAUGAUUUACUUCACAUUAUCUAAUCAAUGUUAUAUAGGAAUGAGUAUGUAAUAAUUGAUAGAAAAGAUCAAUUAAGACCAUGAUCCAAAUCCUGUAAUGGCUCAUUUAGUUAAAUUCUUAUAUUUUGACAUUCAGGAUAUUUAUAUAUUUAUACUAAAAGACGUUAAGUAUCUAAUAGAAAAGAACCCAACUUUGAUAUGCAAUAAAUAACAAUUAUUAGAGUUGUAUAAGGAAGUAAAAUAAACAAAAAAAAUUAGUGUUAAUCAUUGUAAACCAAGAUGUUGAGUUUUUACAAAUUCAAUAGAUUCUUUCCUCAUUUUAAUUAGAUAAUGCCUCCACAUUCAAUUUAGAUAAAAUCUUCUGUUUUAAAUGGAAUAAUAGAAGAGAAGCCUCUUUUGAAACAAUGUUCUAUAAAAUCAGGUCCUCAUGAGAUAAGAGAACCUUUAUCUGUAAAGAAUUCAGAUAGAAAAUUCAAAGAAUACAAUAGACCCUUCUCACCUAAAUAGAAAAUGAAUUAAUGA